GUCAUCUCUCAUCACCAACCACAGUCGCUCUUUUCCUCCACAGACCGGCAAAAUGAACGCGCCAGACAGAUUCGAGUCUUUUAUCCUCGAUGAAGGACAGAAAAAGGUCGAGGAGGCGCUGGAAACGCGCGUACCCAACGCGACCAUGUUCACCUUCAACAAAGAAGAUCAUACACUAGCGAACCUCCUACGUGCAAAGCUGGCCAAGGCCGAGCACGUCAUAUUUGUCGCCUACCAAGUUCCGCACCCGCUCUUCGCGACAUUCAAGCUGCGUGUGCAGACUGAUGGCAGUAUUACGCCGAAGGAGGCCGUUGUCCAAGCCUGCCGCGACCUGGUCAACGAGCUGCAGCAGCUGGACCAGGAAUUUACCAAGGAAUGGGAGCUGAAGAAGAUCGCUGGAGCCGGUGGCAUGGAGCUGUAGAGUGAUGUAGGCUUAGGACUGAGCGAUGCUGCCGGACCAUGAUAAUAAUGGCUUGAGGCGAGCAUCCCAACUAUAGAGCCGGGCUGCGUGUCGAUUGUGGCCGUGUUUGGUCAUCUCAGGAGCUGAUUCGAGUUAACUUUUUAAUCUCAGGAAUGAGAGAUCUAUCUGCAUAGCGAAGGCGUUCUUGGGGGAUCGAGUGGGGAGAAAUAAUUUGGCUGAGGGUCGCAUCUCAAUGGAAAAGGAUGUCAGGACCUUCGACUGUUCUAUGAAUUGCUUGAUUGUAUUUAUGAUUCGACGCAAGAAGCUGUCAUGUUCACGA